AUGUCCAAGGACGAAGUCGCGGGCGUGGACCAGCCCACCCACGACGAGAAGGCUGUCAUCCGCGAGGGUGACUCCUCUGACAAUGUCGAGCCCACCCAGCGCCGCCAGUCCGUGGCGGCCAUGAACAUUGUUGAGAACCCUCUCAAGCGCGUCUCCGCUGAGCAGGCUGCCCUGGACGGCCAGGCGUUCGCCCACAAGCAUGGCCUCGAGGAGUACGCAGACGUCUUUGGCCGCGCUGCCAUGAUUGCCCGCGAGGACCUCGGAGAGCAUCGCGCCGUGUCCGGCCUACUCGACGACGAGAUCGCCGCGCUCGACUACGAGUGGGGACACAAGUGGUUCGGCCCCAAGAUGCUGUGGUACACCGUCGCCCUUUGCGCUGUCGGUGCCGCGACCCAGGGCUGGGAUCAAACCGGUGCCAACGGCGCCAACUUGUCCUUCCCCCAGGAAUUUGGUCUGGACAAGAUGGGUUCCCGCGGUGAGUGGAUCAUCGGUCUUAUCAACGCCAUCAUCUUCUUGACCGCCGGUCUCAUCGGCGCCUUUAUUGUCGAUCCUCUGAACCACUACCUCGGUCGACGUGGUGAGAUUUUCCUCACUGGUAUCUGCCUCACCCUCACCCCCAUCGGCUCUGGUCUCGCGCAGAGCUGGCAGGGUCUCUUUGCUGCCCGCUUCGUCAUGGGCAUUGGUAUCGGUGCUAAGAAUGCCACCGUCCCCAUCUUCUCCUCCGAGGUCGCCCCUGCCCGCGUGCGCGGUGCGCUUGUUAUGUUCUGGCAGCUGUGGGUCACCGCCGGCAUCUUCCUGGGUUUCUGCGCCAACGUUAUUGUCAAGGAUGUCCCGAAGAUCGCUUGGCGCCUCGAGUUCGGUUCCGCCUGCAUCCCAUCGAUCAUCCUGUCCGUUGGCGUAUUCUUCUGCCCGGAAUCCCCCCGCUGGCUCAUGAAGCACGGUAAGAUCGCCAAGGGUUUCCGCUCCAUGAACAGGCUGCGUGCCCACCCCAUCAUCGCCGCCCGCGACUACUACUACUCGUACAUCAUCUACGAGGAGGAGAAGCAUACCGCUGCCGGCGCCGGCUAUUUCCGCCGCAUGUGGGACUGCUUCGCCAUCCCCCGUAUCAGGCGCUCCAACUACGGUGCCUCUACCGUCAUGAUUGCCCAGCAGAUGUGCGGCAUCAACAUCAUCUCCUUCUACAGCUCCUCCAUUUUCAGUGACGCCGGCUACUCCGAUACGAACGCCCUGUACGCCUCACUGGGCUACGGUGCCAUCCAGGUCGUCUUCACCAUCCCCACGCUGUUCCUCAUCGACACCAAGGGUCGUCGCACGCUCUGCAUGUGGACAUUCCCCGGCAUGUGCAUCUUCCUUCUGGCUGCCGGUCUCUCCCUGCUUAACAACGGCCCUGACGUCGAGAGGGCUGCCAAGGUCGGUCCGGUCGUCUUGUUCGUCUACCUCUUCACCAUCUGUUACUGCUUGGGCGAGGGACCCGUGGCCUUCCAGUACUCCGCCGAAGUUUUCCCUACCAUCCAGCGUGAGCAGGGCAUGGCCUGGGCUGUCGCCGUCAACAACACCUUUGCCGGUGUCCUGUCGCUUACUUUCCCGCGCAUGAAAACUGUCAUGACGCCCACUGGUGCCUUUGGCUUCUACGCCGGCCUUAAUUUGAUAGCGUGGUUCAUGAUCUUCUGCUUUGUCCGCGAGACCAAGCAGCUCACUCUUGAGGAGCUGGACCAGGUCUUCUCCGUCCCGACCAAGAAGUUUAUCGGCAGCGAACUACACAAGAUCCCCUACUUCUUCAAGCGCCAUGUUCUCCGCAAGAACAUUCCUCCUCCCCCCUCCACGAUCGAGAGGGCAUCCCACGCCGAAAAGGUGGCAACCUCGUAG